AUGGAAAAAUUUUCAUCCUCAAGCCGACAUAGGCAACUAAAACACUUUGGAACGAAAGUCAUUCUCCUCUUGCUGUUGCAUUCGUUUCCCCCCUUCCCUUCCUCCUCCUCCUCACCUCCUCCUCCCUUUCAUAUUUUCAUCUCCUUUCUUCGUGUAUUAUAUGAUAUCGUCUCCACCUCUUCCGACUGCCCUCUUCUCUCUCUCACUUUUAUUUCUUUUCUAUCACUUCUUUCUUUUGGCUCUUCGAACUCGGCCACUUGUUUCUCAUUUUCUUUUCAUUUCUUCUCGUUUCUCUACAAUUAUUUUUGCAGAUUUGUUUCCUCCCCACUCCAACUUCUCUCUCUCCCCCCCUCUCUCUCUCUUUCUCCUUUUCAUUUUGUUGGCGUCUUGUUUAAUGACGAAGAAGGGCUGAAACUAAAACAUUUGCUCAACUCCAUCGACAUAUUUAAACAGCUGGGAAUUUUCCUUGUCCCUUCUAAUAUUACUUCUCUCUCUCUCUCUCUCUCUCUCUCACUUUGUGUCUCCCUUUCUCGACCAUACUUCCCCAGGGUGGGAUUCAGUUGUUCUACUAGAAUCGCUGUCAGUUCAUUAUCUAUCUAUCUAUCUAUCUAUUCAUCAGUUUAUUCAUUAUCUAUGUCGGUUCAUCAGUCUGUUCCAUAUCUAUCUAUCUAUCUAUCUAUCUAUCUAUCUAUCUAUCUAUUCAGUUCAUUAUCUAUCUAUCUAUCUAUCUAUUCAUCAGUUUAUUCAUUAUCUAUGUCGGUUCAUCAGUCUGUUCCAUAUCUAUCUAUCUAUCUAUCUAUCUAUCUAUCUAUCUAUCUAUUCAGUUCAUUAUCUACCUAUCUAUAUUUGUUCAUUAGUCAGUUCAUUAUCUAUCUAUCUAUCUAUCUAUCUAUCUAUCUAUCUAUCUAUCUAUCUUCACUUAUACCAAAGCUAAGCUACAUUUCUACUACUUCUUCUUUUCUUUUUCUUUUUUUCUUCUUUUUUCUUCUUUUUCUUUUUUCUUCUUUUUCUUCUUCUUUUUCUUUUUUUCCUUCCUUUUCUUUCUUCUUCUUCUUCUUCUUCUUUUUUCUCCUUCCUUAUCUUUUUCUUUUUCUUCUUCUUUUCUUUUUCUUUUUCUUCUUUUUUCUUCUUUUUCUUCUUUUUCUUUUUCUUCUUUUUUCUCCUUCCUUUUUUUCUUCUUCUUCUUCUUUUUUCUCCUUCCUUUUCUUUUUCUUCUUCUUCUUUCUUCGUACUUCAUUUUUCCCGUAUUACUUAUGGCCACUUUACUUCGUUCUUUCCGUAUUCCAUAUGACCACUUCGUUCUUUCCGUAUUUCUUAUGGCCACUCUACUUCGUUCUUUCCGUAUUCCUUAAGGCCAUUUACUUCAUUCUUCCCGUAUUCCUGAUGGCCACUUUACUUCAUUCUUCCCGUAUUCCUGAUGGCCACUUUACUUCAUUCUUCCCGUAUUCCUGA